UCUCAUACCCUUCACACGUGUCUCCAGUGAGUCUUUACCAGACCGGUAGUUCCUCCUCACACGUGGUCUCUUUACGCGCCUCUAUUGCUUCAAAAUUCCUGUCGUAAUAACUCGUUGUAUUAUUAUUUCGUCUCCUCUCUUUUGGGGACAACUGCAGUUUCUUCACCCUUGUUGCGGGGUUGCCACGGUGAUGUCAAGAUAAUGGUGCAUAUUGAAAAAAUUUUCUUACGCUCUGGAAUCAUUUCGUGAGAGGAUUUCAUGUGGAUUUGCUAUUUUAGUUUUCUCUGUGGAAUUGAUGUAGGAGUUAAAAAUGCCGUACGAGGAGAAUGGAAAGGCGGAAAUAGACCUGGAGGAUGUGGAAUUGAGUCCCCUCCAGCGGAGGACACGUUUCCAUGUCAACCGGGUGGACAGCAUGGAGGGUAGGACGAGUCUCCUUGGGGAACAGGAAACAAAAAAAUCCCUCAGGCAUAUGACACGUGAAGCUUUACCGAGGCUCGAUAAUUAUCGCAAUAUUCUGAGCAUUCAGGCAGCACAUAGACCCUCUCUGGAUGAAUUACAUAAUCCUACGUUCAAUUUAAAUAAGGCCGGUGGAACCAACACGUUACCAUUGAAUCACGAGAAACCCGCGGGGGUUGGGGUAAAAUUCGGAUGGAUUCAGGGGGUGCUGAUGAGAUGUCUUCUCAAUAUAUGGGGGGUGAUGCUUUUUCUGAGACUUUCGUGGGUUGUCGCGGAGACUGGUGUCGGGCAAGCUUUUCUGUUGAUAAUGACGACGACGGUAGUGACAACAAUAACUGCCUUGUCAAUGUCCGCAAUCAGUACAAACGGCUUGAUAAAAGGGGGUGGAACUUAUUAUAUGAUCUCAAGAUCCCUUGGUCCAGAAUUUGGUGGAUCCAUAGGUCUGAUUUUCUCCCUGGCUAAUGCCGUCGCCUGUUCCAUGUAUGUCGUUGGAUUCUGCGAGAGUCUCAUGGAUUUACUUCGACCUGGGGAGAAUUGUCUCGUGGAUGGGUGCGGACCCUGGGAUAUCAGGAUUGUAGGUUGCAUAACAAUAAUUGUCCUGCUUGUCAUUGUUAUGAUUGGGAUGGAGUGGGAAGCGAAAGCACAAUUGGGACUUUUAGUCAUUCUCCUCAUUGCACUUGCCGAUUUCAUCAUUGGCACCUUCAUCGGUCCCAAGAGCGACCAGGACUACGCCAAAGGUUUCAUAGGAUAUAACGCAAACUUAUUCAAACAAAAUUUUGGACCUGAUUAUCGGCCGAAGGACGAUAAGGAGCACACUUUCUUCUCGGUAUUAGCGAUAUUUUUUCCAGCAGCCACUGGAAUUCUCGCUGGCGCCAAUAUUUCUGGAGAUUUGAAGGAUCCACAGUCAGCAAUUCCUAAAGGAACUCUCCUGGCAAUUGCCCUCACAACCGCUUCAUACUUAAUGAUGGCAGCGAUGGUUGGUGGAACAGUAAUGAGAGACGCUUCCGGGAAUUUAGCAGAUUUAAUUGAAUUGGCAAACAAUUCUGUAGUUUUACUGAACACCACAAUUCUCCCAAAUACCUCGAUGAUGGUUAAUUCAACUGUGGAGAGUCUGAGUGUCUCUGGAAUUAACUGGACAUACGGUAGAUCAUUCAACUGCACGGGGGGCUGCAAGUACGGUAGCCACAACAGUUAUCAAGUUGUUGAACUUGUCUCUGGCUUUGGACCGUUCAUCUACGCGGGCUGUUUUGCAGCAACUCUGUCCAGUGCCCUGGCUUCCCUAGUUUCAGCACCAAAAGUAUUCCAAGCGCUUUGCCAGGAUCACUUGUACCCCGGAAUCCACUGGUUCAGUGGGAAAAAGGGAAAGGAACCAAUCCGAGGAUAUUUACUCACGUUUAUCAUUGCAGUUGGAUUCAUUCUAAUUGGUAACCUGGAUUCCAUUGCGCCAUUGAUCUCAAAUUUCUUCCUCGCUGCAUACACACUCAUCAAUUUCAGCACUUUUCACGCAUCCCUGGCUAAACCCAUUGGUUGGCGGCCGACAUUCAAAUAUUAUAAUAUGUGGCUGAGUCUCGCUGGAUCGAUUCUCUGUGUCGCUGUUAUGUUCCUCAUCUCCUGGUGGACGGCUCUGAUCACAUUAUGCGCAGUCAUGGCUCUCUAUUUAGUUGUUGCGUACAGAAAACCAGACGUUAAUUGGGGAUCAACUACCCAAGCACAAACGUAUAACAGUGCUCUCAAUGCUGUUCAACAACUGGACAGAGUGGAGGAGCACGUCAAAAAUUAUAGGCCCCAGCUUAUGGUGCUGAGUGGUGCUCCAAGCGUCAGAUCAGCUCUUAUAGACUUUGCCCAUCAUAUUACAAAGAAUCAAAGUCUUUUAAUCUGCGGUCACAUCGUCGAGACUUCGUUGUCCUACAAGACUCGAGCGAUAAUGAUGGCGAAGAACACCUCGUGGUUGAAAAAUAACAAAAUGAAGGGAUUCUACAAUUUAGUGGAUGGCGCUAAUUUCCAGGAUGGAGCAACUUCUCUCCUGCAGUCCUCGGGGCUUGGAAAAUUAAAGCCAAAUAUUCUAAUGAUGGGAUACAAGCAGAACUGGGCGACUUGCUCUGCCGAGGCUCGAAACAUGUACUUCAAUGUUAUGCACAAAGCGUUGGAUAUGCACAUCGCAGUGGCAAUUCUACGGUUGAGUGAGGGUUUGGACUGUAGUUCAGUUCUUAAUGAAGCCGAAGACUCGAAGAGAAGUGCUACGACAACAAUUCGAGGGAAUCAGAGUUUCUCCCAGUUGAGUCAAGGUAGUAGCUCUUCGGAUAUUUCCAUGCCGGGGAGCCCUCAGCCUAGACGACCCAAAGUCAUUAAUGAAUGUCCUGAUGGCUGUCUGGAGGACGUGAAGGAGCAAAAGCCCACGAUAGUAACGAUAUCGAAGGAGCUUCUGGGAUCAGUUACAAAAUUCAAGAGAAAGCAGAAAAAGGGAACCGUCGACGUUUGGUGGCUCUACGACGACGGCGGACUCACGCUUCUGUUGCCUUAUAUUAUCAGCACUAGGCGCAACUGGUCCAACAGCAAACUACGGGUGUUUGCACUCGCUAAUAAAAAUUCAGAGUUGGAGUAUGAACAGAGAAACAUGGCAAGUCUGUUGUCCAAGUUCAGGAUAGAUUACUCAGCCCUGAAGGUAAUUCCAGACGUGUCAAAGCAAGCGCAGCCCCAGACGAAGAACUUUUUUGAUCUUCUCAUAGCUGACUUCCAGAGUUCAUCGGCAUCCAGAGACGAAGAUGGCACGAUAACAGAGUCGGAGCUCCUUGCAAUGAACGAGAAGACAAACAGGCAUCUGAGAUUGAGGGAGCUGUUAAUUGAGAACUCAAUGGAUGCUAAUCUUGUUGUCAUGACAUUGCCAAUGCCGAGGAAAGGAGCUGUUUCGGCUCCUCUAUACAUGGCUUGGUUGGAGACAUUGACACGAGAUAUGCCACCCUUCCUACUAGUCCGUGGAAAUCAGACGUCAGUCUUGACGUUUUACUCGUGAAGAAGAAUAUGGAGGCAGCGAGAAACUUCGCAGAAACUUUCAACCUGAUAAUAUAAAAAAUGUAAUUUAUUUGCCUUUCGCAGUGAUCAGGCGUGCAAGUUAGUCCGUUAUUAAUUUUACCGGAUGGUGGAGAAACUUGGCAGCACCGCAGAGAUUUAUUUUUGUAAAAAUAAAAGAAAAGACAAUUUUAGAUUAAUUGCCUUGAUUGAUUUAAUAACGAUUGCGUGGAGACAUGCAGAAAUCGUGAUUUAUUGAGUGAUACCGGAAAUUAUUUUGUUUAUCUUGAUGAACUUUCAUAACAUUUUUUUUC